AUGAUGCUUCCUAGCUUUCUUUCAGGAUUAUUCCUGGUGUCCACGGCCCAAUGCCACUAUCUUGUCCGGAAAGACUGCACAUUCUCCGUCGCCGCAUCUGCUGGUGAUACUUGCUCAUCUCUUGCUAGCUAUUGGGGAAUCACCUUGGCCCAGUUUCAAAGCUAUAACCCAGGUGUCGACUGCACCAAGGAUCUCACAGUCAACACCAACUACUGCAUUGAGUGGGAUGACGGUCGACCGCCACCUACUAGCAAUACCACGACGUCCAGUACUAUCACGUCAACAGCUUCGACAACACCCCCUGGGCCAUCCCCUACCCAGACUGGCAUUGUGUCCAACUGUGACGCAUACUACAAGGAAGUCUCAGGCGAUACUUGCCAAAAGAUCGUCCAAGAUUUCGGAAAUUUCACUCUUACGGACUUCUACAACUGGAAUCCGACUGUUGGCUCAAACUACUCUCAGCUUUUUCUUGGAUUUUAUUAUUGCGUGGGAACAACCUCGGGUGGGAGCGUGACCACCACUGCGACUGCCACCAGUUCUAUCACUACGGAACCACCUCAACCGGAGCAGACUGGAAUUAUUUCAACUUGUACAUCUUACUACAAAGUUGGUUCAGGAGACACUUGUUCGCAGAUCGUCGACAACUAUGGCACGUUUACCCUCAAGGACUUCCUUUCAUGGAACCCAGCUGUCGGUUCGGACUGCUCCCAGCUCUUCAUCGGUUAUUACGUGUGCGUCGGUAUCCCCGGGACGCCCACAAGCCGGCCCGCAGCAACAAGUAAGACUAUGACCAGUACUGCGACUGGACCUACGCCAACACAAACGGGUAUCGUGGCAAACUGCAACUCCUAUUAUCUCGUCCGAUCCGGGGACUCUUGCCAGAAAAUCGUCGAUAAUUACGGUAAAAAGUUCACAUUGAAGCAGUUUUACAAUUGGAAUCCGGCUGUCGGUUCGGGCUGCUCACAACUUUGGGUAGGCUAUUAUGUUUGCGUCGGCGUUAAGUCUCGAUAA